ACUGAGUAGCCCUUAUGACCAACAUGAGCUGGAGCUUUUUAACCCGCCUGCUAGAAGAGAUUCACAAUCACUCCACCUUCGUGGGGAAGGUCUGGCUCACCGUGCUCAUUGUCUUCCGCAUUGUCUUGACAGCGGUGGGGGGGGAGUCCAUCUACUCUGAUGAGCAGAGCAAGUUCACCUGUAACACCAAGCAGCCCGGCUGCGACAACGUCUGUUACGAUGCCUUCGCGCCGCUGUCACACGUCAGGUUCUGGGUCUUCCAGAUCAUCAUGAUAUCCACCCCUUCGGUCAUGUACCUGGGCUAUGCCAUCCACAGGAUCGCCCGGUCGGCGGAGGAGGAGAAGAAGUUCAAGGGAUUCAAGAAGAAGAAGCAGUUUGCUUUGAACUGGCAGGCAGUGCGCAACAUCGAGGACCCGAUGGAGGCUGAUGAAGAGGAGCCCAUGAUCUCUGAUGACACAGCAGAACACGAGAAAGCCAAAGCCAAGCCCAAGAGCAAAGAGCAACAAAAGCACGACGGAAGGAGGCGCAUCCAGCAAGAAGGACUGAUGAAAAUCUAUGUCUUCCAGCUACUUACCAGAGCUUCGUUUGAAGUUUGCUUUUUGAUAGGGCAGUAUUUGCUCUACGGUUUUGAGGUAGAAGCCUAUUACGUCUGCAACAGAGUCCCUUGCCCUCACACCGUGGACUGCUUUGUGUCCCGGCCAACAGAGAAGACCAUCUUUCUCCUGGUGAUGUACGUCGUGAGCUGCCUGUGCUUAUUGCUGAACAUGUGUGAGAUGUUUCACCUGGGGUUUGGGACCAUCCGAGAUGCCAUUCGCAACCGGAAAAUCAACAGCUUUAGGCAGCCUCCCUACAACUAUGCCUACCCAAAGAACAUCUCCUGCCCUCCUGAGUACAACCUGGUAGUGAAAUCAGAGAAGUCCACCAAGAUCCCCAACAGCCUGAUGGCUCAUGAGCAGAACUUGGCUAACGUCGCUCAGGAGCAGCAGUGUACCAGCCCAGACGAGAACCUCCCGGCAGACUUGUCCACCCUUCACAAACACUUGCGAGUGGCCCAGGAGCAGUUAGACAUAGCGUUUCAGAGCUACAACAGCACCCAGGCCAACACGCAACCUUCUCGAACCAGCAGUCCUGCCUCGGGUGGCACGGUGGUAGAGCAGAACAGGGCCAACACCGCCCAGGAGAAACAAGGUGCUAAACCCAAGGCCUGCUUGGAGAAAGGCAGCUCAAGCAGUAAAGACGGAAAGACAUCUGUAUGGAUAUAGCUUUGUUUAA